GGCAGGGGGAUUUGAAAAUCUGGCAGCCCGAGUUGAAAUCAACCCGUCUCGGACGGUCGGGCAGGCAGGUAUUUCGAACACUGAUGUUAUGUAAUAUGCACAUGUCUGUGCAGCAAGAGAGGAAUGGUCAGCUGAGUUGCAAAAAACAUCAAUAAAAAAGGAUAAACCCAAAACAUGUUGAUUAAUCAGUAUUAUCUUGCAUAGUGGAUUUGUUAUAAUAUCCCAAUAUAUAAUAUAUAUUUUAAAAUAUUACAUUGUUACAAAGACACAUGACAUCAAAAGUUUCUUUGUGAAGCUGCAGACAGCUAUUAUUGUUUCUUUAAGCAGAUAUUGAUGGUUACAUUCCUCAAAAGUACAACCACAUUCAUAACUGCUUCAUUAGAGGAUCAAAACAAGUCACACCUGCUGCAGUGGUCGGUCCUAAUCACAUCCGGUCAUUUAAAAAAACCAAGCGACUAUCUCCUUUGAUGUAUCAAGCUGGUAAUUGCAUUAUUAUCUCAACAUGCUCAACAUUGAGUUGAUAUUGUCCCAUUUUACAUACAUUCAUUAUAGAUAGUUUGUAUUGGAUUAAUAAUCAGUCAGUCACGUUGUUGUGUUAGCCAACAAGUUUUUGGGGCGUUCUGUAUUUCAUAUACUGACAUUGGUCACCACUCGCCCCUUUCCGUAACCUGACGAUUCGACAGUCCGGAAAUUACAACGGAUGUGGUUGGAUGACAAGGAAUAAACUCUUCAGGAUUUGCAGAAAAAAAGGUGAAAAUGUCUAUUGCUCAUGUGCAUAAAGGUAAACAAUCGGGUGCUGCUUGUCGAGUACUAUUAACUGGCGGUAAAGCCUUGGCUAAUAAGAUUAACUCAUUGGCCAAGUCUAGCUUCGCUUCAAGCUGGCCCCAUGAGUUAAUUGAAAUCCGAAAAGGUGCGCCCGGAAAAGUGCACUACUCCUAUUUCUUAUGUUAUUGCGAUAGCAGCAGUACCAUAUACAAGUUCUUAUGAAAAGAUUCAAUUUCAUGGCACCAAUGUAAAGAUUUGCCAGACACUAGGAACUGUAUUAUGAUGAAGAUAAAUAUGAGACGGACAUCCAAAAAACAUAGACUUGUGCUGUGGGAGCGGUUAAAGAAUAUAUACAAAACAAAAUCUUGAAUCCUGCAGGUGUGGUCCAAUCGACUUUCCAACCAAUGGAAUUUAAAUAGGAAAUGGAUACAGGAAAUGCCCACACACAUUAUGUGAACUCUCAACAUCUACAGAAUGUCGUAUUGAAUCAUAGACCAUUCAUUGUGUGCUAUGAUGAAUAGAUAAACCACUAAACUCGUGAAGUUCACGUAAUAAUUUUCAAACAAUCCUGAUAGUGCAACACGUCAGUUUUCAAUCACACACAUUCAAGUACACACACGGUCUACUCGUGUAUCCACAUUCAGCCGCUAAACGCACAGGCCACAAAUCCACAUCCCAAAGAGGCCACCCUGACUGAUAAAAACAUUUGUCAGGUGUUAUUACAAUAUUUGCAUUUUGUUUUCAGUCAUUUGCUGUCAUCAGAACGUGGGAGGCCUUAACGGAAACUGAUCGAAUUGUUCCAAUGAUGGAAGUCGCAAAACUUCAAGAGCAUAUUGAUGCCCUGUCUGAGCUCCUCAUGCUGCCAUGGACCUACAAAUUUAAGACACUCUAUCAAGAUAUUCAGCAACUGGUCCAGUGUAUGACAAAGUACAUUGAUUUCCUGAGACAACAGUCCCAGCGGUCCAAAGAACAACACAAUGCUAGUGCACCUUUGUGAAAUCCUUCUGUGAAUUUUUCUCUUGCAGUUAUUGAGGCAACUGUUGGUCCUGUGGGGGAGAAUUAUUUGGAUCUUGACAAUACAUUGGCUUCUGAGGAUGAAUACACUCCUGUGGAAAUCAGCAACUAUCCCCCGACCUGCAGAUACAAGAGAAGAACAUGGAUUGACAAUCUAAGUUUGUCUAUACCUGUGGCACAUUACAGUUACUUUCAGGGCAAUUAUCUCGGAAAUAUACAUUUUGUAUGGCGUUUGCCAGGUGAUAAGAGCGAGAGGUCAGAUGAAAAUACAGUUAAAACUGUGCGGGUAGUCCACAAGUCAUUGCCAGAUUAUUCAACUAGACAGAUGAAGAAAUACCAACAGUCUACAGGAGUGUCUCCAGCUCUUCUCAGAUACAUGUACAAAUUCUUGACCAAUGACAGUAGUGGUGCUGAAAACACUGCACAAGCUGCGAUUGAUCAACGUGUUGAAGAUGUGUUGGAGUUAAAUGAUGCUGAUGUGGCAUGGGAUUUACAGAGACUAAAUGGCAACCCAGACAGUACAAAGUUUGAUACCUUCUGGGAUGAAGUUGAAAAAUACUUCCAUGAAAGGGACCUUGCCGUCCACGAGCGGAGACAUGGAUCACAACUGUACCUUCCAUAUGCAAUAUCAAUUGACGAUCUUGUGUCAACAGUGAGAGGUCGUGUAGAUCCAGAAGUACUCAUUCCCUCCAAUGAAUGGGUGAGACUGCAGUUCUGGCCAGCCAAUCCAACGACGAGGACUGCAUUCCACUACACUGGUCGUUUCAAUGUAAAGUUUUCACUUCAAACAAGACAGAUACAUGGAAAACAUGAGGAUAGUCACUAUGUGGCUUCACAGUUGGUCUACUUGAAGAAAUUUGCUGUGAAAUUGAGAGAGCAUGUUGAUUUCUUUUGGCUUGAUGACAAAGCCAUUGUUCCUAUUGGAGAGCCUGGAUUACCUGUUAGUACUGGUGUUCGCCCACAUAAUGCUUCUCUUUCCAGUACUACUGCCAGCUCUCUUACAGCAUUAGAUCAUGAUUAUAAUGUGAGCGGGGCCAUCCCCUCUGUUGCUCUGCACUGUGACAUUCCACAUGAUGCCAGUGAUUCUUUCUUCAAUGGAACAGCCUUUGUGACUGUAAAGGACAAAGUGUCCAGUCCGUCCAGUGCUAUUCGUCAUGGUGCUGAAACAACAAACAUCAUCAAAUCCCAUUUCAGUGCUGAUGAUGUUAAUUCAGAGAAAGCUAUACUCAUAAUGUACACGGAUGGUGGCCCUGAUCACCGCACUACUUUCGGAUCUGUGCAAUUGGCUAUGAUAGCCAUGUUUGCAUGGCUCGAUUUGGACAUGCUGAUCACGGCAAGGAGAGCACCAAUGGGCAGUUGGGCAAACCUGGCCGAAAGAGUGAACUCUGUUCUGAACCUUGCACUACAAAAUGUCUCCUUAGAGAGGGAACGGAUGACAGAGGACCUGGAAAUGAAAAUGAAGAGAGUGUCAACCCUGAAAACUGCAAGAGACAUUGCUUCUAGGUAUCCAGCUUUUAAAGAAGGCCUUACAGCUGCCGUCUUGCCAGUUCUGAAGUUACUGGAGGAAAGGUUUUCUCAACUGAAAGUCAAGGGGGAUGCGGUGAUAAUAAACAGUGCUGCAAACAAUGAGAGUGUUGAAAAUUUCUUCGGUAUUUUGAAAGAUCAUAUAGAUGAUAAACUUGAUAUGAACAAGUUGACGAAGAAAGAUCUGGAGAAAUCAGAUAAACUAAAUGACUUCAUGGAUCGCCAUUGUCGCUGUCGGCAGUACAUCUUUCAAAUCAAGAAAUGUGAUCCCCACAGAGUUGACGAUUGUUGGUAUUGUGUCAUCAAUCUUCCAAGACUGCCUGAUGAUGAGUUUGAACAAUUGAAUUUCAUUCCAGAUCCUGUUGUAUCUCCUGAAAGUGGAGAUAAGUUUGAAGAGUUUCAUUCUGUCUAUGGUACAGACACUACUGAUUCAGCUAGACCCUCCUUAAGUUCUGUCACAAUGUCUUCAAUAAGAGAGAAGCAAAACAGGAAAAUUCUCACUGCAAACAAAGUUCGAGAGUCGGUAACAUGUGUUGAAUGUCGUAAACCGAGAUGUGUUUAUUCAGACACCAGACUUUCCUGCAAAGACAAAACAGCCUUGAUCCGCAUGAGAGAGGGACGUUCUUACACUUGUGGGUCACCACUGUUUCCUCCAGCAUCUCCAUACUUUGAAACGCUAGUUGUGAAAGAGAGUCUCAGAUGUUCGUCCACAAUGGAGACUACAUACUAUGCCAGUAAUACAUGUUCUUUGCCAAGUGUUUGCUUUCACUGCGGAAUUGCCAGGUCAGAAGAUUUUGCUGAUGACAGUGUAAUCCAUGAACUUCAGGCUAUGUACAGCACUGUGAAGCCUAUCUGUCGAUCUUGUAAACAAUCAGGAAAAGAAGCUGCAGUGAGGGGGAAACGUAAUGUUAAAAAACUGAGAACAUCAUAAAUCAUUUUGCAUUAACUGACCUGUAAAUCAUGCAGGUACUAGUCAGAUGAUGGAAGAUAUGUUACCUCCUGUGUUUUUUGUGUGAAAUCAGAAAUGGUACCUCUUAUUUUUUAAAUACAUUUUCCAAUUUUGAUGUGAUGUGGAAGUCUUGGCCCGAAUUUGUACAGAAUGUCUCUGCUCAUGUAUGUUAUCCUUUUGUUGUUUUAUGACUGCUUUUAAUAGGAGGUGUGUACCUCAUAAUUCCAUGAGGAAUAUGUUGUGUGAUACUGAGUGAAAGUGGAAAAAAGUACUUUUGUAACAUUUCAGGUACAGUUUUUGUAGGUGCUAAAUGGUUAUUUGUUUUGAAGCCAUUUAAUAAGUGCCAUUUCAUUUUAGUGCAUUCCACAUGUUAGCAUAACACAUCAGUCAUGAGUGUUACCUGAUCAUAAACAUGAUAAAGUGAUACUGGACAGAGUAUUUCAAGUACUUGUAUGUGCCAAAUGUUCUUUUGUUUUGAAGUCAAGUGCUAUUUAAUUUUAGUGCAUUCAACAUGUUAGCAUUACACGUCAGCCAUGAGUGUUACCUGAUCAUUUAACACGAUAAAGUGAUACUGGACAGAGUAUUUCAAGUACUUGUAUGUGCCAAAUAUUCAUUAAUUUUAGUGCAUUCCACCUGUUAGCAUAACACAUCAGCCAUGAGUGUUACCUGAUCAUGUAACACGAUAAAGUGAUACUGGACAGAGUAUUUCAAGUACUUGUAUGUGCCAAAUGUUUUCUUUUGUUUUGAAGUCAAGGGCUAUUUAAUUUAAGUGCAUUCCACAUGUUAGCAUAACACGUCAGCCAUGAGUGUUACCUGAUCAUUUAACACGAUAAAGUUAUACUGGACAGAGUAUUUCAAGUACUUGUAUGUGCCAAAUGUAUAUUUGUUUUGAAGCCAAGUGCUGUUUUAAUUUCAGUGUAUUUCACAUUGUUUUUAUAUUUUUAAAAUACAAUAAAACUUUAAUAAGUUAAAAGCUUGUUGUUGAAGUCUACCUGCUUGUGGAAAACUGCCAAAAGAUACCUGUAAACCCUGGUCAUCAGUAAGGAGUGUCAUUAGAUAAAGGGACUAUAGUGCAUUGCUUCCAACAUGCGUGGUGGGUAAUACUGAAAUACUUUUGUAGCUUCUGUGGCACAAGUGAGGGAUUUUUUUGUGUGGAUUUUUUAUUUCCUCCUAUCAGCAUUCCUGCCUCCUAAAAUCCGUAAUACCUGUGAAUUUUUUUUCUCUCAAGUACUUUUUUUUUUUUUACAUUCCCUCCUCCAUUCAGCCACUUUACCCGAAAAAAUCUGUAAUCCUAGCAAUUAAAUUGGUCUGGCCUUAUAAGCAGAAAAAAAUUACACCGUACCCCUUCAGCGAAUUCCGGUAAACAACGGGUGAAAAGAAACUUGGUCAGUACAAAUUGAUUUACCAUUUAAAUUGUAUUUUUUGUUCUGCUAGGCAUUGUUUUACAUGCAGGGUUUAAAAUCACCUUGUGUAUUUUCCAUAAACUAAGCCGGAAACAACUGCACACAUGUUUUCUUGGAAUCUAGCGGCGAUUCAGUUAAAACUUACCCAAUGGUAUAACUUUAAAGGAUUUUGAUGCACGGAUUGGGAAAAAUUGUAUCUGAAACUACUUUUUUAUCAGGAAUAAUAUAUUCCAAUAUCAUGUUAUUUUAGUUGUAGCUUUUACUAAAUAUAUUUAAAAUGAUAAUAACCUUAAGCGUAGCACUUCGGUGCAGCUGAUCGCUAUUGCUGGUUAUUUUUUUUCACAUGGAACCAUUUGAAAUUAAUCAAAACAAUAUUAAAAGGAAUUUUGAAUAAAAUU